AUGGCCGGCGGGGGGCGGGAGUCGGGACACCGGAUGGCGGGGGCCUACCCGGCAGAGGACAGUCCAUCAUCGCCUGAGCUCCCCAUCACUCACAUCUCGUCCGCCAUCGAUGCUCGCGCUAAAUCACUGCGCGACAUCAACCGCGAGAUCCACGAUAAUCCCGAGCUUGGUUACAGAGAAGUCACAGCCCAUGACACCAUCUCGGACUUCUUGGAGGGACAAGGCUUCAAGGUGACGCGACAUGCCCACGGACUCGACACAUCAUUCGAAGCCGAGUACGGUUCCGGGGGCCGACUCGUCAUCUUCUGCGCCGAGUACGACGCCCUCCCCGGCAUAGGACACGCCUGCGGCCACAACCUCAUCGCCACAUCAUCUGUCGGAGCCUUCGUCGCCUUGGCAGAAAUCAUCAAACAGCUCAACAUCCCAGGAAGGAUACGGAUCCUGGGCACCCCCGCCGAAGAAGGAGGCGCCGGUAAAGUCAAGCUCCUCGAGGCCGGGGCCUUCCAACACGACGUCGCCGCAGCCAUCAUGGUCCACCCGACCGCCGCUCAUUCCUUCCCCGCCGGGUUCACUGCCCUGGCCGGCGUCAAGUUCAUCGCCAGCCUGAAGCUCCGGGUCGAGUUCCACGGCAAACCGGCACAUGCGGGAGGGGAGCCCUGGAAGGGGUGCAACGCGCUCGACGCGGCUGUUGCGGCGUACACGAGCAUCUCCAUGCUGAGGCAGCAGAUACACCCGGAUGAACGAAUCCACGGCGUCAUUGAGGAUGGGGGCACCGUGCCGAAUGUCAUCACUAAGUAUUCGAGGAUGAAUUAUUACAUCCGAAGCCCGACGCUCAAGCGAGGUGAGGAGCUCUUGGCCCGAGUGAAGAGCUGUUUUGAGGCCGCUGCUGCUGCGACGGGCUGCACCUACAACUACAUCUACACACCGACAUACAUGAACCUACGCAUCAACAACACGUUGAGCCAGGAGUUCGCCAAAGGCAUGACACUAAUGGGCGUGAAGACCAUUCCUCGAAGUGAAGAACCGUUCACCUUCUCGACGGACAUGGGAAACGUUUCCUAUGUCGUCCCCACCUUCCAUGGCGCCUUCGGUAUCCCGGCUCCCAAGGAUGCAAUGCCCCAUCAGCCCAAGUUUGCAGAGGCUUCUGGAACAGAUGAGGCGCAUGAUAUUGCCCUAUCUUGCGCCAAGGGCAUGGCCUUGUUGGGAUGGAGGGUUUUGACGGAUGACGAGGUCGCGGCCAAAGCGAUGAGAGAUUUCAAGGAGAAGGAUCCUGAGGAUUAG